GCAUGUUGUUGUAUUUUUGCUGCUUGUUUUAUUUAUUAACAAUAAGUGGAGUGUCUUUCUGUCAAAAUAUUUUUGUCACCACGAAAGGGUGUGAUGUUGUGUGUGUGACUAACAGCAGUUCUGGGCUAAGUUGGAACUCUGAAAUCGAAAAUAAAUCCGAUGUUAAUUAUGUAUCACAAUAUAUUCCUAACCCAUCAACCAGUUUUGACUGUGACAUUAAAGAAUAUGACAUGCAAACCAAAAAUUACUACGAAAUCAAACCAUGGACUUUGAAAACAAAGAUCAGUAACGAAAUAAUUUUAGACAGACGAUGGGAAGAAAUGAAAAUAUUUUCGACCACUACUAGACAGGAGUAUGUUCCAGUGCGAAAUUUAGGACCCAAUUUUGAUAUUCCAAUGUCUAUUAGAACUAAACGUGCAGCUUACAUUUACCUCUGUAAUGGACCAGAUCCUCCAAGAUCAACUUGUUUGCUGUUCGUCCUAAAGGAGUUUGAAAUGAACGUAAGCUCUGUUAAAAAAUGUCGACAGGACAAUGAGCAACUUGAUGCAACCAAUGCUCCAAUCUGUGUGGACCUAUUACACAAAAACGUCUCAUAUAACUUACUUGACGAAAAUUACUGGACACAUUUUACAUUGAGCAAGAAAGGAAAUGAUACGUCUUUGAAAAAUGCAAAAGGUGAAAUAAUUUUGGAGCUACGACAUAACGUGUCUGAUAAUAGUCACAUGCUUGUCCAAAGCCGAUCCGCUCCCGGUCUUUGGAAAAUUCACGAAAUUGACUACAUUUACACGGAGAAAGAAACAAAUGAUACUCGACUGGGACCUCCUAUAGACAUUAAAGACAAUUUUACUUGCAUUUCAAUGUUAGUAUCAAUGUGUGAGUCUUGUCAGCUGAAAUUAAAAUUAAAAUCAGAUAAUUUGUUACUAAAAGAAGAAACUUACCAACCACAAAAUAACCAGAAAAAGUGGUUUGAAAUUAAAUUUACAGUUGAAAACAUCGUUGUCGACUCAGCACAUUUAUUCGUUUCUACUAUAGGAAGAAAUAAAUCAGGCGAUUUUUGGAAAAUUGAUAAAGUUAGACUUUGCCAGAAAAGAGAAUUUCGUGUGAUAAAAACUGACCGAGAAGCUGAAUGUCAGCUAGUCGAAGAUUACACACUAGUUUCUUCUGCUAACUCAGAACCAAAAAUUGAAAGCACCUGCCCAGAGAACACAGUCGGUACUUUUUGCGUCCCAUGCCACUGGAUCUAUCCAUCCCACAACUGCGACAAAAUCAGGGUUUGUACAGAGUAUAAAUUAGGAAGAACUGCAUGCUGGUGUUCCGCAGGGUUGACGAAUCUUCCUCGUUGUCAAGAUGCUUGUGCUGAAGGUCGGUAUGGACUUAGCUGCAACAAGACAUGUGGAAACUGUAGCAGUCGUAAUUUGAAAUGUGAUGCAAAAAAUGGUACUUAUCUUUCAACUUGUGUUAAAAACUAUGUGGGGCCUCAGUGCGACAGAAGUAUCGAAGUUUCAGCACCUUAUGAUAUAGAACUAAAGUGGUCAAGUAACAACGAAUUAUUAUUAAAAUGGAAAAUAUUACACGCACUCGAAAGCAAACUUAACCGUUUCAAUAUUUUAGUGUCUAAAUGUAGAGAUUAUACAUGCAAGAAAACGGAUACUGUUUUUAGAGACAAGAUGUCUGUAAAAACAGUCACCAGCAACUUCAUUUACAGAAAAAAGGUUAACUUUCCUAUUGAACCAUCUACUUAUUACAUGGUUACGCUGUAUUCUAACAAUAGCUAUAGCACAAAGAGCAAUUACGUAACUGACCUAAGUCCACCAGAACUACCAAAUAUGUACAAAGAAGUAAAACUUACACCGACAGAUAGUACCAUUACGAUAGAACUAGAAACAAGUGCCAAAAAUUUGACGGUACUGAUAUCAGACGAUAGCGGUAACUUAUAUGCACAUCCAGAACUGGAAAUUUUUGGAUAUAUAGUUACCAAUUUUUCUAAAUACAGAACAGUAGUCGCCCAAAUGGACUGUGAAAAAAAAUGUGCAUUUGUUAUAGGUAGCGGACCUUUGGGAACACAAAAUCCUCCACUGAUCCCAAACACUUCUUAUAACAUCACUUACAUAUUAAGUACCACCAACAGAAAUAAAACUAGUCACAGAAUUUAUUACACAACUUGUUCUUCUACAUACAAUAGAUUAGUGCUUCUUAGUUUACUGGUUCUGCUUCUCAUUCCGUUGGUUUCCGCAUUCUUCUUAUGUAAAAAAAAACGAAAACAAGGAAUCAGCAAAUUCAUUCCUAGACAGUUAAAAUCCAAAACUGAAGAAAACAAUCCUGGCAUUCAGCAACAUACUUCAGUAGAACUUAAACCAUCUAAGUCUAGUCAAAAAAGAAAAACUACAAGAAAAACAAAAAAUGUAAAUAGUUACUUAAACCCGGUUUCCCCUUCGAAGGUAAUUUCUGUUAAAAAUUUUCAAACUUACGUCAAACAAGCCGAAAGUGAUGGCGAGCUCAACGAACAGUUUAAGGCGAUCAGUAGUGCCAAGAAAAUUUACGACGAGGUUGAAGGCAAUCACUUUUUCCAUUACAUCGACAUGACGUUUGUCAAUGGUAAUGUGAUCCCGAAAGCAUUUCUAGUAACUGAGGUACCAAAAUUGAGCGAGACACAUCAUUUUUGGAGGAACAUUUUCGAAGGGAACGUCAAACAUAUAGUGGUACUGAACUCUCGAGAAAACUCCAAGUGUUUUCAGUACUGGCCACAAGUGAACGAGAAGCUGGAGUACGACAACAUAUCCAUACAACUUUUUUCGCAACAAAAUUUUCUUCACUAUGAAGUGAGAAGGUUCAUUUUGGUUCACAAUGAAAUGAAAAGAUACGUCAACCAUAUAAGUUUCUAUUACAGUGGAACAGAUCCGAAAAGCUAUGUCUCGUUCUUCAAAAAGCUUUCCGAAUAUGCUAUAAACCCCAAUUCGUCUAUUUUAAUACACACCAGUGAUUCAGUUAGUAGAAUAGGGUUUGUUUUGCUGUGCGAUAUGAGCAUCAGGAUGGCUAGGGAAGAAAGUGUUGUGGAUGUGUUAAGUAAUUUCAAAAGGCUGAGUGAUCAGGUGGCAUAUCUCGUGGAUGAUCUGCAUCUGUACAAAUUAAGUUAUAUGGUUAUUUCGGAGUACAUUUUUGGAGCCGAGUUGGCUUCUAAUCUGACACGAGUCUAUAACAACUUAAAAUAACACUUAUUUAGUUCUGUAUUUACAAAGGGUGCUUGUGAAUUAAUGUAGUCCACGAAAUGUGUGGUAGUGCAAUGUAGCGUUGUAUAAUAAAUAAAUAAUUUUGUAAUAAA